AUGGACACCGGGGAGAUCCUUCGAACCAUCGCAUCGCUGAACGCACGCACAACCCAGGCCGAACGCAUUGCCUCGGAAUACAAGCAGGAGCUCGGCAGGACCCGCCAUGCCCUGGAGAAGACGAAAAAGGAUCUGGAAGAGACCGUGGGGUUGGCCGAACUUCUCUACGAAGUAAAUCGAAAGCUCGGGGCUGUGACCGACUAUCUCUUGAAACAGCAGGGACGAUCGGACGACAAAGACUGCAAUUCGUUUGAAGCAAUGUUCAACAUUCUUCUCAAGCAAGCCGAGACUCGUGAAGAUGGACCCAGUGUGGAGGAGGACAGUAAAAGUGACGAACAAGGCGGAACUGGGCAUCCAGGUGGUGUCAUUGCGCUGGGCUAG